AAUUGUGUGUUGUUAUAUAAACGGUUGUCAAAAAAAACCAGUGCAAUUACAGAAUUUUACUUUCCGAAAAAGGGAAAUGGCAUCAAUAAUUACACGACUCGGCUGCAUGGCAAUUGCAAAUAUUGGUGCCAGAAGAGUUUUUGCUCCUGCAUCGCUUAAAGCAGUUCGCUUUUCUAGUACUACACCUGCUCCACCAACGGAUGACAAACCGACCUUUCGAAAGCCCGAUGAGGCUGUCCGCCUUAAUCUAAGCAACUUUGGCCGAUAUGUAGCCGAAUGCCUUCCCAAAUAUGUACAGAAAGUUCAACUAACAGCUGGUGAUGAGGUCGAAGUUUUGAUUGCGCCUGAAGGUGUAGUUCCUGUACUGCAGUUCCUCAAGGACAACCAUUUGGCUCAAUUUAGCAAUUUAGUAGACAUUGCGGGCAUGGAUGUACCAAGCCGAAAAUACCGUUUUGAAGUUAUUUACAACCUUUUAUCGCUACGCUUUAAUUCGCGUAUACGAGUCAAAACAUAUACAGAUGAGUUGACACCGUUAGAUUCAUGCAAUGAAGUUUUUAAAGCAGCAAAUUGGUAUGAACGUGAAAUUUGGGACAUGUAUGGAGUGUUUUUCGCGAAUCAUCCAGAUUUGCGGCGCAUACUAACUGAUUACGGUUUUGAAGGCCACCCACAGCGUCGUGAUUUUCCCUUGUCGGGCUACGUUGAGUUACGUUAUGACGAUGAGAAAAAACGCGUAGUCUGCGAGCCACUCGAGUUGGCCCAGGAAUUCCGGAAAUUUGAUUUGUCAGCACCUUGGGAACAAUUCCCAAAUUUCCGUAAUGCUAAUCCACCAACAGAGACUGUAGAAACCAAGAAGGAAGAGUCCAAAAAAUAAUUCCCAAGUAUAACUACAUGUGUAAAACACAUGUACUACAUGAUUACAGCAGAAUGAAUUGCAAAUAUGUUGUAAUAAAAAUUUAAGUAAAUAUUUAAUUGGAUUAACCAUAA